AUGUCGGAGGAGACGCCUGUGCCAAAGCCCGAGAGCGCUGCGGAGCAACUCAACAUCAAGGUGAAAGAUGCCGAGGGAAACGAAGUGUUUUUCAAAGUCAAGCGAACGACAAAGCUUUCCAAGCUGAAGCGCGCAUACGCAGACCGUAUGGGCAAGCCCGAGAACAGUGUGCGAUUUAUUUUUGAUGGCCAGCGCAUUGGGGACGAGGAUACGGCAGAAUCGGUGCGUAUACAGACACACUAA